UGCAUUGCGUCGGUCAACAGAAUUGAAGCAAGCAGAGCAAACGAUUGGAAAUUUAUUGAAUUUAAAAAAUAUCAACACAAUUAGAGCAUUCUAAGUAGAUACGAUUACGUACAUACAUACAUACAUAUGUACUAAUGUACAUGCACGCAUAGGCACGGACACGUACAUACAUACAUACAUAGAGGAGCAGUAGCAAUGGAAGUGCACGUCGGCUUUUCCAAACUGUUACAGAUGGGCGCCAAAUUGGUCGGCCACAAGAUGCAGCAAUAUCGUCUGUCCACCAGUCGCACGGUCAUCGUGGUCACCCAUUAUGGCCGAGUGCGCGGUCUGCAGCGUAAGACCAUUUACGAUGAGGAGCUGUACUAUGCCUUUGAAGGCAUACCCUACGCCAAGCCACCGCUGGGUGAGUUGCGGUUUCGUGCACCCCAGCCACCAGACUCGUGGAAGGGUGUACGCAACUGCACUACAUACCGCGAGAAACCGCUGCAGCGCAACAUGGUGAUGGGCUUGAUAGAGGGUUCCGAGGAUUGUCUCUAUCUGAAUGUGUACGCAAAGCAUCUGCAAUCAGAGAAGCCGCUGCCCGUCAUGGUGUGGAUCUAUGGCGGGGGCUUUCAAAAGGGUGAAGCCUCCAGGGACAUCUACAGUCCAGACUACUUUAUGAAACAGAACGUCGUUCUGGUAACCAUAAGUUACAGGCUGGGCGCUCUGGGCUUUUUAAGCUUGAAGGAUCCAACGCUGGAUGUACCUGGCAACGCCGGACUGAAGGAUCAGGUGCAGGCAUUACGUUGGAUCAGCCAGAACAUUGCGCACUUCAAUGGCGAUCCCAACAAUAUAACACUUAUGGGUGAGAGUGCGGGCGCCGCAUCCACGCACAUUAUGAUGACCACGGAGCAGUCGCGUGGCUUAUUCCACAAGGCCAUAUUACAGUCUGGCUGUGCGCUGUCCGCCUGGGCCGAAACGCCGGAUCGCAAUUGGGCCUUAAGGCUAGCCCGCCAAAUGGGCUACAAAGGCAGUGAGUCGGAGGCAGAUGUGCUGCGCUACCUGAACAAGGCAUCUGCACGACAAAUCGCCUUGCAUGAUCAGGAGAUUGUGACGCGGGAUGAGUUGCGCAGCUUCUACCUCUUCGCCUUCGGGCCCAUAGUGGAGCCCUAUGAGAGCGAGCAUUGCGUGGUGCCCAAGCCGCACAAGGAGAUGCUGGCCAGCGCCUGGGGCAAUAGUUUGCCACUUAUUGUGGGCGGCAACUCUUUCGAGGGUCUCUUCUCGUACCAGCUGGUCCGCAACGACCCCUGGGUGAUGACUCAUUUCCAUAAUAUCAUUCCGCGCGAAGUAAGCGAAUCGAGCACGCCGGAGAAAGUGGAGCAGCUGGUGCGCAGGCUCAAGCAGCUUUAUUUCGGGGACGAGCAGCGGCAAUGCAUGGAGCUGUUCGAGGUGCUCUAUAUAUUCUCACAUCGGCAAAUCUGGCACGAUCUGCACCGCAUGGUAAUGGCUCGGCUAACCUACGCACCGGACACGCCCACCUACCUCUAUCGCUUCGACUUCGACUCUCCGCACUUCAAUCAGUUCCGCUGGCUCGUUUGUGGCGAACGUGUGCGCGGUGUCUCCCACGGUGACGAUCUAUCCUAUCUCUUCUACAAUGUGCUGGCAACCAAGCUGAACAAAUCCUCACUUGAGUAUCUCACCAUCGAGCGCAUGGUGGGCAUGUGGACAGCGUUUGCGGCCAACAGCGAUCCCAACUGCUGGGCCACCGCCUCCGAAAAGUGGAUGCCCGUAAAGCAGACGCCAGAUGGAGCUCACAAUUGCUUCAACAUCAGCGCCGUGAUGCAAAUGAUGGCUCUUCCCGAGGCCACGGCGCUGGCUAUGUGGGAUACAUUCUAUGACCGGAACGCUCUCUAUUGAGCCCAAAUCACCUCCAUCCUAACACUAGAUAUUCCCAUCUUAUGAGUGUAAUCACCGGAUUAGCAAGCUUGUAGUUUUAUUGACUACUUUCCUGUGUGUAUGUAUGUAGAUAUUUCUUGCUAAGUGCCAUAUCACGACAAAAAUGUUAUUAAAGUCCACUAAAAUUCCUUGUACU